AUGCAAUCUGGCGCCGGCAUCUUAAUGUUUACAGAAUAUCCAGGAGAUGUCCUUAUCUUUGGAUCCUAUCCGGCCCGCCGUAGCGGGGCCAACACCAGUUACAAGGAUCGCCGCGCUAUUCACGCAACGUAUAACUGCGCAUCCGAGGGCAAUCUGCAUGAUCAGUACUAUGCCGAUAGACAGAAGCUCUGGCCAGCAACCCAUAUGCGGAAGGAAGGCAAUGGAUUAUGA